GAGUCAAUCCCAGAAAUAAAACUGAUGAACUCCUCAAAUAUAAUGUUGGAGAAUUCGUUAACCUGAACUAUCAUCAUCGAUAUAAUAAGUGCUCCUACUGUCAAGUUGAAGUGCAGACCAUGAAGGUGUUCCUGCCACGCUGCUGUCUCCCUGCCAAAAGCGGCUGGCUUGUCGGCUGGCAAGACCUGGACCAAAAGAUCGUCUGCGUGUUUUCCGUGUUACACCCUACCCAGGGGUUGAAAACAUCUGAAGUUCAAACCUUACUCCAGUCUAAACUGCACACAGGGACGUACAAACUUGGAAUCCUCGGCAAAUGGGUUAAUAGUACUGCAAAGGACUCUGUUGGGGACGUUCCAAGUAAUUCUAUAUCCAACCUGUUACAAGAUUGCUGGGUUGAAAUGACUAAAGAGGAUACUGAUAUACCCCACGUAGACCCUCAAGGUAGUUGGAACAACCACCUGACCCAAAGUGAGCCUCAAAUACUGAUCAUCUAUGACCAAGCACACAUUUUGAAGUCAGACUUCAAAGUGGUGAGCAACCAAUCAGAUGGUGAUUCAGUUAAUUCUGCUGAACAAUCAGAUUUCGAUGUGGCAUUUUCAGCCCUAAGGUUUCACCGACAGUUUUUUGAAAAAGAGUGGGGGCUGCGACUGACGCAUAGUACGUCAAUCAGCAACAAACGCGUCAGUGUGACAUCAUGCAUUCUCACACCAGUAUGGACGUUACUGUGUCUUAUACAACUGGCCACAAGAACAACUUUCAGAAUAUGCAGGAGAAGCUGUUUUUCCAGAGUUUGUCAGAAUGAACUGAUGUGCUCCGUGCUACAGUACCCCACAAUCAGCAGCCAAGUGGCCCUGCGAAUCAGACAUCUCAAUGCAGUCUGCAUCCAUGGUGAGGCCAGCGAAGGCAAGGAAAGUUCUCACUGCAAUGACCAGCAGUACAGAGGCCGUGUCUGCGACCAUGCCCUGUCCUUGGUGCUGGACGUCUUCCUGGGUGUUGCUGUGUUCCUUUUCCUCUCCAAAGGAAACUACACCAAGAAACUCGCUACCAACCUCAUUCCUUUUGCCGAUUAUGUUGCUACUGAGUUACAAGACUUGCUACACUGGCUGAUGGGGGCUCCGGCUGGUCUGAAACUCAACCGGCCUCUGGACGAGUUUCUGGGACGUUUCUUCCUGUACCACAUCCAGCUUUGGAUAGGUUACCUGUACAUCUUGCGGCCGUACCUGGAGCUGAUCACGUGGUGCAUCGGUCUGUCUGGCUGCCUGGGCCUGUCUGUGUUGUUAGCUCUGGCCUCGGACACCCUGUCCAUGCUCACCUUCCAUAUCUACUGCUUCUAUGUAUAUGCAGCCAGGUUGUACAGGCUUCAGCUGUAUGGGCUUGGUUCACUCUGGAGGCUAUUCAGGGGGAAAAAGUGGAACCCACUGAGACAGAGAGUGGACUCCUGUCAGUACAACGUCGAUCAGCUGUUCCUGGGCACUUUGCUGUUCACCAUCCUGCUGUUCCUGCUGCCCACAACAGCUCUGUACUACGUCGUCUUCACUGCAUUCCGAAUGGCAGUGCUGACGCUACAGGGAGCGCUGACCAAGGUGAUCACUACUAUCAGCAGUUUUCCUCUCUUCUCAGUCUUACUGCAACUCUGCAAUGGGGAAAGUAUGGCAGGUGGGAUAACAUUCCAGGUGCUGCCCCAGGUGGCAGGAAGACCCUUGUGCUUGUCUGUGCAGGUUGUUCCUGUUACCAUAGCGACCGUGCUGGAGAGACACAGUCUGCAGCAGACGACACAAGACGAACUGACAUCCUGGAGCAUGCUGGGAACAAAGCUGCUGACGGGAGAUCUCAUUUAUCCCUGGGGGGGAAACAGGCCAUAGAGAAAAAGUCUCAUCUAGUGCAAAUCAAGUUGUCAUAGGUUCCAUGACAAUCAAGAGAAUGCAGAUUCUGCAAUGAGAUAAAAAAACAAAGAAGUACAUUAGAGAGCCAAAACAUGGCUGUUGACAUGUGGCCUAAGCAAACUACUCUCCAAGCAGAGGUUGUGGGGGAAUGAUCAUUAGCUUUUUAAAUAUGGCCAUUU